UUCUCAAUUGAGAAGCAAAGUUGAAUUCGCCACACCAAAAUGAGAAGCCCCAGCCGGUCGAGGCACUGGCCUCGACUAUUCCAUGCAUUGGCAUUUUGCCUUAUUGCCACAUGUGUGUCCGCCGACUAUGAGCCUUAUAUCUAUGCGUCGCCAUCGCCGCCGCCACCGCCGAAACACAUAGAGUAUCCUCCUUAUCUCUACAAGUCUCCCCCACCACCGAAACACGAAGAGCAUCCACCAUAUCUCUAUAAGUCUCCGCCACCGCCCUCACCUUCCCCGCCACCGCCCUAUAUCUAUAAGUCCCCACCGCCGCCGUCUCCUUCACCACCUCCUCCUUAUGUGUACAAGUCGCCGCCGCCGCCGUCACCAUCUCCUCCACCUCCGUAUAUCUACAAAUCACCUCCCCCACCAUCACCUUCACCUCCGCCUCCAUAUAUUUACAAGUCUCCGCCGCCGCCAUCUCCUUCCCCGCCUCCUCCAUAUGUGUAUAAGUCACCUCCACCACCUUCGCCAUCUCCUCCACCUCCAUAUGUUUACAAGUCCCCACCGCCACCUUCUCCUUCGCCACCCCCUCCAUAUGUGUAUAAAUCACCUCCACCACCAUCUCCAUCACCUCCACCUCCCUAUGUCUACAAAUCUCCCCCACCACCAUCCCCUUCACCACCACCUCCUUAUGUGUAUAAAUCACCGCCACCACCGUCACCAUCACCUCCGCCACCUUAUGUCUACAAGUCACCUCCCCCGCCAUCCCCUUCACCGCCUCCUCCUUAUGUUUACAAAUCUCCUCCGCCACCAUCACCAUCUCCCCCACCCCCGUAUGUCUAUAAGUCCCCCCCACCGCCUUCACCCUCACCACCUCCUCCGUAUGUGUACAAAUCACCUCCGCCACCUUCACCAUCACCCCCACCUUCAUAUGUUUAUAAGUCUCCUCCUCCCCCAUCCCCUUCACCACCUCCUCCUUACAUAUACAAGUCACCACCACCACCAUCACCAGCGCCUCCACCACCUCCACCUCCAUAUGUCUACAAGUCUCCACCACCACCUUCACCUUCCCCACCUCCUCCAUAUGUGUAUAAGUCACCACCACCACCAUCACCAUCACCUCCACCUCCUUAUGUCUACAAGUCACCACCUCCACCGUCGCCAUCACCGCCUCCUCCCUAUCUUUACAAGUCUCCACCGCCACCUUCACCAUCACCGCCACCACCUUAUCUUUACAAGUCACCUCCACCUCCAGUAAAGUCACCACCUCCCCCAUACAACUAUAAGUCUCCACCUCCACCUUCUCCAUCACCACCACCUCCUUAUGUUUAUAAGUCACCGCCACCACCAGUGAAGUCUCCCCCUCCUCCAUACUACUAUAAAUCUCCACCUCCACCUUCCUCGUCACCACCGCCUCCAUAUGUCUAUAAGUCACCCCCACCUCCAGUGAAGUCACCCCCUCCCCCAUACUACUACAAGUCACCGCCUCUACCCUCGCCAUCACCACCACCUCCUUAUAUGUACAAAUCACCACCACCUCUGGUGAAAUCACCGCCUCCUCCCUAUUACUACAAAUCUCCACCUCCGCCUUCUCCAUCGCCACCACCGCCUUAUAUUUACAAGUCACCACCACCUCCGGUAAAGUCACCUCCUCCUCCAUACUAUUACAGUUCUCCUCCGCCUCCCGAGGGCUACUAUUAGGCGGCAAUUCGAUCCCCUCCGAAUGCUUAAGGAGCUGGAGCAAGAAUAAUACCAUUCUUUAGCCAUACGCUUUACAUGGAAGCAAUUGUUUUUCAUUCGUAUCCACGUGUACUUUUCAAAUCGAUAAGUCCCAAGUGACAAUGAUUGUAUGAUUACUUUGAGCAAUGAAAGCAUGUCUGAAUUCGGUUUUAAUCCA